GAAAGUGCGUGAGGAAUUAGGCUCUGAUUGCGGCUACACAGUGCUCGUUCAGGAAGCAUUAUAUAUAUAAAGUCAGCACUAAUAGUAGAACCUGUAGCCCACUUGUAGGAAACAUUUCGUAGAAAGAGUUUGAAUCUCGUCAGUUUGACGCAGACAAAUCCAAGAUAAGAUCCCAACGUCGGAAGUUUAAAUAGAGAAUUCAGUGCAGAUAUUGACGACGCUUGUCAAUACACAAGCCGAACCUGCUUUUUUCUUCUGCGGCUGUGAGAUCCCGAACAAAAAACUAACGACGAAAGGGUCAUAGAUUCGAAUUGGCGCUGUUUCUAACAUUUAUUACAUUAUGCGUAGGCUAAGCUCCAAAUGUUGCAGUGGUGAGACGACUGGACAAUGUCAUCUGGCUCGCGCAGGAGGACACAAAGAAACAUAAUUGAACAUCUCUCAGCAAUGUAAACUGCAUUAUUGGCAUUUCCUUUCCAGUGAUGAAGCAUAGACAAAUUAAGACCUGGCUUAUCCACAUCCUCCAGGAGCGACCAAAGACAUUCCAACGUGUCACUACCGAUCUCAUCAUCCACAUCGCACGGUUCUUGAUAGAGUGAUCACUGACAUUCUACCUGUAUUCUUUCACUACUGGGUGCAUUGUGACAGAUGGCGUCAAUGGAGAGAGCUAGAUAAAUCACGUUGGGCAUGUAAGGGUCUUUACUGUGAUUCAGAGCUGCCAUUGUGGGUAAAAUACAUUUGUGGUUUAUAUACAUUUUGCAGUAUUAUUUAUUACACGGUUGACCUGCAAACUGGAGUUGAAAAUAUCUAAAAAUUCUACAGAUUUUGUAAAUAAUUGUAGGUUUCUCUUAUAUACAUUGUAGUAGCACAGAUCAUGGCGACACUUGAGCAUACUGUUUUGCAAAGUUUAAAGUGUCCCGUUUGUUUUGGUUUGCUGAACGAUCCAAAACAACUUUCAUGUUCACACACAUUUUGUCAAAAAUGUAUUCAAGGUAUUCUAGCAUUCUCUGUACAGAGGAAUACUUUAUUAUGUCCAAUAUGUAGAAACAGAACAAAUGUCACAGAUGGUGAUGUUGCAAAUCUUAAAACUAAUAUACCUGUUAAGUCACUUGUUGAUGACGUCAGGAAUAGUAAACAGCUCUGUGACGUGUGUGAAGAGCAAUCAAGAGCCACACAAUUCUGUUGCGAAUGUGGUAAGAAUAUGUGUAACGCAUGUCUGCAAGAUCAUAACAACUGGAAACCACAUCUCAAGCAUAAAGUAGUGAGCGUUGAAGAAAUCAGGAAGGGUAGGGUAGUCUUAAAGAAGAAGGUUUACUGUAAAGAAGAAGUGCACACAUCAGAUGAAUGUGAAUGCUCUGAUGUCUGCACGACAUGUAAGAAGCUCAUUUGUAUGAGAUGUCGCAUGCUCUACCACGAGAAAAAAGGCCACGAUGUGGAAGAUUUAAGAGAGUACAAUUCGUCUUUCAAAAAGAGCUCUGAAUUACUUCAGGGUCAAGGAAAGACAAAAGCUACAGCAGUCAAGAAUCAUAUGACGUGUAAUGAUAACCAAAUCAAACGUGUUCAUGAUCACAUUAAUGCUGAAAAUGUGAAGCUUGACAAGCUUUGUGAAGAUGCUAUCAAGAAAAUAAAAGAGAGGAAUGCUACCUUGAAAAUGCAACUAGAUGAUCAGAGAGAAGAAUUAUGCAAGAGUUUAAAUAAUAUGAAAAUUGAUGAUGAGAGGUUGGUUAAGAGUAUUGAGAGUGCGAGUGAUUUGCUGAGUAAUACUUUGAAAGCCCCACUAGAAGGAGAUGUUGUAGCAAUUCGUGAUUCAUUGUAUGGAGAAUUGAAAAAUGUAUUACUUAGGGAAAAUCCAAAGAAGAAGGUUGCUACUGAUGUAGGUGAUCAUGCAGAGGAACUGACGUUUACACCGAGCUGCGAUCCUGAUACAUUGUCAAUGGGGGAAUUGAGGUUUGUGAAUUGCGAGCCUGCGAAAUGCAAUGUAUUACUCUCAAAGAAAGAUAGUAUGAAUGGCAUGACGGCUUCAAAGAAUGGUAUGAUGGCUGUUGGUUAUAGCAUUGGAGGGAUUGAUAUAUUCUCUGUUGAUGGUCAGCUGCAGAAAACAGUCAUUAAAGAUGUAUCGAUACGUAAAAUAGGAUUCCUCUCUGAUAGUCGAUAUGUUGUACUUGAUACACAUAAUAAGAUAUCACUGUACACAUCAGAUGAAGAGAAGCAGGAUGUAACAUUCGAUACUCUAGGUAAGAGUGAAGGUGGGACAUGUGGUCUCACUGUAGACAGCAAUGAUCUGAUCUAUGUUAGCUACAGGAAAGCUAAGAAGAUCCAGGUAUUCUCACCAUCAAGUGGGAAGGCUAUCAGGGUGAUACCAUGCGAUGGGUAUGAACCUGCACAAAUCACAAGUUAUGGUGAUUCAUUGAUCGUUAUCCAGUUUUAUAAUGCGAUAAUACGCAUUGACAAAAAGGGUAAUAUAAUGCACAAAUUAAGGAAACCUCUGGAAUUUCACCUCUUUGCUGCUGUGGGUAAAGACAAUACAAUCCUGAUUGCCUCUGUAAGAUACGAGGAAGGUCUGCUCAAUAUCGAUGAGUACACCGGUGAGCUGAAACACAUCAAGACCCUUAUCUCUGAAUACAAGAUUGAGAAACCUAAAAGAAACUGGUAUUACAUUCGCCAGUUCCAGUCCGGGGAGAUAGCUUUCUGUACACCGAAUAGGCUCUAUAUAUUCAAUCUAGUGACUAAUAAAGUUACCUCGUAAGAACAUGGUGUCCGAAGUGUUUAAGAGUCAAAUCUUUUUUUACUAAUAACAAAUUAUUUAAUUCACCAGUUUCAACAUUAAUCUUGGUAGUCCAUUACUGCCAAAUCAAGAAAUUUUAUUCAUUCCAUUCGACAAAAACAAUCACGUAAUAGAAUAGUAAAAAAAAAAAUUACAUGAUAUACAACGAUAAAAAAUCAUUGGUAUUUAUUACAUACAGAGGAAAGUAAUACAAUUAGACAUGAGACGCUGCAAAAAUUAAAC